AUGACGUCCCUGUACCAACAGUCGGUACCAGUAUUGGUCAAAUACCUGAAGAACCUGUCGCACCUGCUACAGAAGGGCGCCAAGUUCUGCGAGGAGAAGGGCAUCAAGCACGAGCAGCUGCUCAACUACCGUCUAAUCGAGGACAUGAGAGGACUGCCGUACCAAGUCCAAUCGUGCUCCAACACGGCCAAGUUUGCCGUCGCACGUCUCGGCGCCCAGAACGUGCCUACCUUUGAGGACGACGAGACGACAUUCGAGGAGCUGCAGGCGCGCAUCGACCGCACCAUCGAGGUCCUGGAGGGGGUGGACCCGAGUGUCAUCGAAGGGAAGCAGGACGACGAGGUCAUCAUGGAGACCAAGAUGGGCAAUUUCCGCUUCACAGGCCAGCGGUACAUCUCCGAGUACAUCAUCCCCAACUUCCACUUCCACCUGACGUCGGCGUACUGCAUCAUGCGCGCGCAGGGCGUGCCCAUCGGGGCGUUUGACUAUCUGAAGGACGUCUUUGAGAAGGCGUGA